AUGCCCGCCUCUGUCACGCCGAACAUUCCUGCCAACGUCAUCAUGGUCAGUCCAUUUUGACGACCCACAACGAUGGCUCUUUUUUCGUUAUCAGUCAAAUCCUUUUUUCCAGAGAUUCUUCCCAUGUCUGAAAAACAUGAAAAAAAAUCAUAUGGCAACAUUGUUAAUUUUUAAAAAAAUUUAAUAAAAAAAUAAAUAAAAAAAUAAAAAGCAUAAAAAAACAAAAAAAUGGAAUUCAAUAAAAAAAUGCCUAAAACGCGUCACAGUCAUUGCGGACAUGUCUUUAUAUACCGUAUAUGUUUCAAAGUAUAUUUUUACAUUAUCCCUGAAAGUUAUAUAUAAAUCGGAUAAGUACUCGAUAAGUAUCCCCAAAAAACCAAAACUUAAUAGACUUUUGAGCGGUACUGUAUGAUCUUUUGGUCGCAUUUGGAAUGGAUCAAGGCGUCGCGGUUGUGUGGCGGCUAAAGAGUUUUUAAUUGAUUCACGUGUGGCUUAUAAUUCAAAAAGAACUGGGAAACAGAAAUUGAGCGCGAAUCAUAGUGCCGUGUUCAAAGUAAUUUCGCGAAAUGCAAAAUGGUCUCUGACUCUCCAAAAUCUAGUGAUCUUUUCCUUUCUCUAACGGGUAUUUUGCAUUUCGGGGAAUCAAAUUGAACACGGCAUAAAGAUUUAGACACGCAUAAAGAUUUAGACACGCUAGGAUUUUCCUAGGCCCAUGCGUCCUAGAGCCGCCUUGAAGUUUACAAGGCUUCCCAUGUUUUUCCUAUGCUAAAAAGCGCAAGUCGUUCUGGGUCGGGCGCAUCUUGAGGUUAAUCAUUCCAAAUGCGACUAAUUGACUUGAGAGCUCAUCUUCACUGAACGUUGAUUUUCCCAGACUUUGAUCGAAUUCUGCUCCCACGUCGGCGAGAAGCUCCACACGAUUUAUAGAGGAUUCGAGUUAGUUUUAAGAAAAAGACUUGGAACCCUGUGAUUGUUUGAUUAUGGUAGUUUUUGGAUGGAAUUUGUUUUUUUAAAAUAAGCUUCGGUUUGAGAAAGAUCUGCUCGCUUUCCUAGUCCUUUUUUUCAUUUUGAAGUGACAUUUUUGUUUAAAAUUGAUUUUUUCACCUUCAACUUGUAGUUUCUAAUUUCGAAUUUCUUUUAGAUGUUCUAAUUUGAAAAGUUUGUGAUCUUAAUAAUAUUCUUCAUAGAACAUCUCAUCAUUAUUUUAGUCUGAUCAGGUUUUUAAUUUCAAGUCUCUCAAGCUCCGCCCUUAAUGGCAUGAUAAACCAAUCAGAGAACGAGCCAUUCACAGAGCGUUUUUUUGAAUGACGUCAUUGAAAUUCAAAAUGAACAGAAAGUUUCAGCAAUUAGUGUCUAAAAUCACAGUUUUUAAUUUUCCUAAAAUUUUGCUCUUUCUGUAGUUUUAAAAUCACAUUCUGGCCUAAAUUUCACCUUAAAUAUCUCCUUAUUGCUCAUAUUUCAGCAAACUGACCGGUUUCUCGAACUGGUUUGGCAGCGAGGUCACCUACUUCAACCAGGAAUCUUUCACUAGACCGGUUUCGGUCAACAAAUUGACCAUCACUGAUAAGCCCAAGUUGGAGGUGAUUUUUUGCAUGAAAUGUGAAAAGUGUCUAGAAUUUGAAGGGAUUUGUUGAGAGGAAUUGAGAGGAGAGGGCGCUUUUAAAUUAAUAAACAAAGAAAAAAAACUGCGCUUUUAAGUUUUUUUAGUAGAGUUAUAACUGCUCAAAAAAGCCGAAAAUUAUAUUUUCUCCACAAAAAUGGUGAUUUUUUUGAACUCUAAGACGUUAUAGGUGGCCCUAGGGGCAUAAUUUGCAGCUUUUUUUUCUUCUUUCAAUUAAAGAACUGGAAAUGAACUUUUUACAAUCUUUUUUUGAGAUGAAUAAAAAGAAAUGAAACAAGCAUUGAAGGUGAUUGAACGGAGUGGAACUGAACUCCAUGAUCACUCCGAAAGGCUCGAUGUUUCGGAUGGCUGGGCGAAAAGUAAAGAUGGAAGCAAGGUUUCAAUUAAAAACCAUUUGUAAAUCGGAAAAAAUUGAUUUUCCAGGUUCAUUACUUUAUGGUGAAACCGAAAAAGAUGAGAAACGAAGGACCUCAUCCGGUACUUUUCUAUGGAUAUGGAGGUUAGACCCUGUUAAAAAGGCGAAAAAAAGGGCUCUAAUAAAUGAUUUUUGUUUUUCGAGCCUUAUUUUAUACUGCUCAUAGCUUUUUAAGAUGGGGAAAAAUGAGAUUUCAUUAAGGUUUCCAACACGCUCUGCUUCCUGGCUAUUCGAUUUCUCGGCCCUAUUUUUUGACCAAAUACGACGCUAUCUUUGUCCUUGUCAAUACUCGAGGCGGCGGGUUUCAUUUUUCAGAAUUUUUAAGAAUAAUUUGAGGAGUUUUCUAGAGAAUUCGGCGAUGAAUUCUACCACGAUGGUCGGUUAUUGAAGAAACACAACGUUUUUGAUGAUUUCCUGGCGGUUGUCAAGGAUUUUAUCGAUCGAGGUGUCACUACCCCGAAAUUGUGAGUUUCGAGGGGGAAUAAAGUAGAAAAUUUCACGGAAAAAUGACGAAAAAAAUGAUCUUUAUUAAAUUUUUUUCUUGACUGGAGAAAAAAAUGAUUCAAAGUGGGUUCAAACUUCCCUUAUGUUAAAAAAAACGAAUAGAGAGAAAAUGACCGAAAAAAGUCUUUAUGAUGAUUUCCUGGCGGUUAUAAAGGAUUUCAUUGACCGGGGUGUCACUACUCCGAAAUUGUGGGUUUUCGUUAUUUUUAGAGAAGUAGAAAGUUUCAAAGAGUUGGGGAUCCUGUAGUUUUUCACUGAAGUAAAUUAUCAUUAAUCAAUAAUUUUUUUGAGUCAUAGUUGUAUCCGUCUAUUAGAUCAAUUUCUAUAGUUAAUUAAUUAUUUUCUGAAAAAUUGCUACGAAGAAUCGCCCUUUUAAGGUUGAUUUUCAUUUUCUAGGUAGUUUUUUUAUGAUUUGAUUAAUUGAUUUUUUUUUGUUAGAGAACUUCUCAUAUGCUUUACGAUCAUUUAGGCGUCAAGAGUCCUCAAAACUUUUCACCUCAAAAUUUUUUUUGAACUCAUUUCUACUGUACCUUUGCUUGAAAGAGUGCGAAUUUUCCAAACGAAUACCUUUCACAGGAGUUAUCAGAACCAUUCCCAUUUUAAACUUGAAGAACGGCCAUCGAAGGCGGCUCUAAUGGAGGUCUUCUGGUGGCGGCUUGUGCAAGAAAAGCUCCGGAACUUCUUGGAGCCGUCAUUUGUCACGUCGGGUUGGUUUUGAAGGAUUUUUAGACUUUCAAAACUAAAAUAUCCAAGCUGAUUCACGGCUGGCUUGAGCGAUCGGAAAAAAAAAUGGUCCUGACACAAAGAAAUAAGAGGUAGUGCUUGGUUAGUGGAGGGCGCAGACAGGCCACGCCCCCUUAGAGCUCCAAGCUAGCCGUGUAAGGGCUAUAAGACAUAUACGAGAAAUUACAGUGAAAACAGCCGUAAAUAGUGAGGAAAACGCGCUCCGUUGCUAAUUUGACGAGUUAUCCUGCAAUUUUAGACGUUUUUCUUUCACUUUAAUCCAGAAAUAUGUUAGCUAAGAAUUUAUUUUCAGAUUUAGUUUAACAAGACUUUCAUGUUUCAUUUCGAAGUCAGAAAAAGAAAUCUGAGAUUAUUUCCGUUCGAUGUUUGAUGUACGGAGGCGAUGUUAAAUUAUUUAUCAAAAACUUCUUUCAAAUUUGUAAUUUUCGUGUUGAAAGUUCGAAAAUGUUCGAAAAAGUCUCGAAUAAUUCUCAAAUUUUUUUGAGAAAUCCAAAAAAAUUUCUCAAAAAAAUCAAGAAGAGAAGUUUUUUUCGCGCUAAUAUAUUGACUGCAAAGUAUUUAGUGGAUUCCGUGUUAACUUUUAAAAAAAUGUUUCUGUCAAGUAAAAUAACCAGGUAAGAAAACUACCAUAACCGAAGCUUUUUUCGGAUUCUUCGCUUUGAGACCUGUAAAGCAAAAGUGUACGAGUUUUGGCAUAGGUUGAAAAAAUAUUUCAAAAGCUGGCUUACCAUUUUAGAAUAAAUCCAACUUCAAAUCUGUGUCAUGGCAUUUCAUUAACUUUUUUUUCAGUGUUUUAGGUCUAAAGAAAUGAAAUUGAAACCAUAAUCCAUUUUUGAAGCGUUCUUGACAUGCUUCGGUACCCGAAAUUCACAAUUGGAUGCGCCUGGGUCCCUGAAUACGGAUUUCCGGACAAGGAGGAGCACUUCAAGAAUCUGAUGAGGUAACAUUAGAAUUUCUCUUGUUAGGAUACUUUUCCACAAGAAGAAAAUUUUCCAGCUACUCUCCUUAUCACAAUUUGGCCUCGGCGGACCUCCAGAAGUUCCCCCACAUGUUGGUCAUGACGGCGGAUCAUGACGAUCGAGUCGUUCCCGGACAUUCUUUGAAAUAUCUCGCCGAGCUCUAUUAUCAGGCAAAAAUAUCAUAUGUUCCUUGAAAAUGUUCAUUUUCAAGGCCAAGAAAAAGGAAGUCAAGGACAAGUUCUUCACGGGUCUCAUCACGACCGACGCUGGACAUGGAGCCGGAAAACCCACCCAUACCUUGGUGAAUUCGAAAAAGCCUUGGGAAUGGCUGAGAGCGUCGCGGCUCGCGUUGCGUUUCUCUAGUUUUUCUUUUCUGUUACAUCAAGUCGAACAGCGCAAGUAGUUUUUCGUCGGGUGCACAGUUUUGGAUAAGCUCUCUUCGUGUUACGGUCGCGUAGUUCUUUUUCGGAACUCUAACUCUUACCGUGCGCCCGACAAAAAACUAUUUGCGCUAUUCGAUAUGCUGUAAGACCGCAACGCGUAGAGAGCCAUUCCAUGCAGUUUCAAGCCGUGAAAUAAGAGAAGAAAUUUUGAUAAAUUUCAUUUCAGAUCCGAGAAACGGCUGUCUUCUUCUCAUUCAUCGAAAAUGCGCUCGGCCUCGAAUGGAAAGAUUGA